AAAAAAAAAAAAAAAAAAGAAAGAAAGAAAGAAAGAAAGAAAGAAACAGAAGAAGAAAAAGGUCUUAUCUGGACGAGACCCCAAGAGGAGACCCGAAAGUCUGCAUGCAGUACCGUGUCUGAUUUUCCAGCCAGAUUCAACCACUCUAAAUGGCCACUCCCCAUGGGACCUUAAUUUGCCUUCGUCAUACAUUGUCACUGAAUAGAUAAGGUUCUCAGGUUCCGAGAAUUCAGAUCUUCAUGGCAUCUGUUCCUUCGGCUUCCUUCUUCUCCUUGCCGCUUCCUCCAUGGCAGCAACCUCAGAGUGCACGGGUGGCUAAAUAUGAGGCCAAAAAGCGCAAGAAGACUCUUGAUGACUGGGGUGACAAUGAUGAUGACGACCUAGGAGAAACCACCGAUGCUGCUUCGGAAGUUGCGCUGCCUGCGCCAUCUCUGACUUUGUCACCAGAUGAAGCUCAUCAAUACCGCGUUGCGGGCUUGUCUUUCGACCAGGAAUUACCGGGCGGCAAGUUUCCACAUGCACCUGCACAAACCCAGUCUUCCACUCGACAGACGCGGGAAGGGGUACUUGAAAAGCUAUCCUCUCUCUCUUCUCCCAUAUAUCCCCCCCAGUCUGCUGCUCAUCAGGGUAACCUCCGUCUGCAGCACCUGGCUGUGCUGACAUCCAUAUUGCACCGCUGCCUUCUUCAAAGGGACUAUGUCCGAGCGGGAAGAGCCUGGGGACUACUUCUCCGAGAAGAAUUCAAUGGAAGACCGAUCGAUGCGCGGACUGAGGGGAGAUGGGGAAUUGGUGCGGAAAUUCUGCUCCGGCGCGGCCGUCAAAUCGCAGACAUGGCUGCUGAAAAUGGCAGCGACAACGGCGGUUCCCAGUCACCAGGGUCGGGUCCACAGCUCAUGUUCACAAGGAAGGGUUUUGAGGAUGCCAAGAAGUAUUAUGAGAGGCUGAUCAUCCAGCAUCCAUACCGGAAGGCUUCUCCAGACUCCAUCAGCUCAUUGCAUUUCUACCCUGCCAUGUUCGGCCUCUGGGUUUAUGUGGCCCAAGAAGAGAGCGAGGUUAGUCGACGGAACAUUUGGACUCGUCAUACCGACGAAUUUGGGCAGCAUUCGGAGGAUGAAGAUCUUGCCUCCGACCACGACGGCCAUCGUGAUUCCAAGGAAAGGGCCCACGCGCUCAUUGCCGACGUGCGCAAAGCAGAGCUCAAUCAAGCGCAAAAGAUUGCGGGGAGAAUGGAUGAGAUUCUUGGCUCUCCGCCAUAUUCGGAUUCUCCAGAAUUGUUAGAGCUUAGGGGAAUGGUGUCACGCUGGAUUGCUGAUCUAUUUGUGUCCUCCGUGCCUGGAGGCCAGACUGACCACGACUACUAUACCGAUGACGAGGAUGAAGACUCGAUGUCCGACAACAUGCGGUAUUCGAUCCAGGAUAGACGCGAACGUAGACUUGCGAUGGAGAAGCGUGCGUCCGAGACUCAGAAGUCCGAAGAAUUCUUCCACAAAGCCAAGCAGCGUGGCAAGGGGGUAACUUCUACUCUUGAUGACUUCCACAUUGAUGAUAACGAGUCGAUGGGCUAUUGGAACUAUGUGCAUGCCAGACCACCCGGCGCCCAACCGCGAUCUCGCACAAGUGAAAACCAAACCCAAAAUCAUGAUCAAAAUCUCUCAUCCCGACAGGCCUUAGCAGCCCAAGCAAGGGUUGAAGUACCGUCCACCAACCUGAUUGCUCCGGUACCACUACCGGGCAAUCAAGCCAACCUAUUUGAGCACUAUGCGCAGCAGCCGCAACCACCACCUGUCGAUGCCGUGCACAGGGACAUGUUCGACACCGACGUGGAGGGGAUCGAUGACUCGACCAUCGCAGCAACCAGCGUGUUAGGAUUCGACGACAUUCCCCCUCAGUAUCAAUUAUCAUCCACAGCGCAGCAUCACGCCCCCCCCGACCCGAAGAUAUUUCGACCGCACCCGUCCCAGUCUCAUCCCCCGCAUCGCUCGCACGAUGCCAAAUGGUACGCGAGCUUUGGCGACAACGCCCCGAAGUCGGCUGGCUUCGACUCAGGGGAUGCGGCCGACGAUGCCGAGAGCCAGUUAACCUCCGUCGUGGGGGAUGAUGAGCAGUCCGACACGACCGAGGACGCCGCGGAUUAUGCCCGGCGCUACAGGUCGUCAACCACGACGGCCAACGAACCCCUGAGCAAGCGUCUGCAGAAUUUCUGGAGCGCCAGCCGUCGCACCUAUCAGAAUCCCACCGAGGACGCUCCCGCCGCGAUCCCCGCCGUGUACCUGGAGCCGGCUAAGACUUCCGGUCCUGGAACACUGCGGCAAGCCCAGUCCGACUCCAGGAUGAUGACCGCCAGUCAGGUCUUGCCCCUAGCCGGCGGCAACAGCCGAAAGGUCACUCUCCCACGCAGCAUGACGGCGACUCCCCGGACGAGGUUCAGCCCCCCGAAGCCCACCCUCCUGGAACAGUUAGAUUUGACCCCGACCCGCCGGACGUCUGGACCACGCCCCCAGCCAGGCAAGGACGUGGCAAGCGGAAAUCAGAAUCAUCGCGACAUCGCGGAGGAGUACGGCUUUUUCGACAGUGACUUCAGGAGACGAGGGAGCCUGCCCCCGCUGAGUGCCUUUGACAUCACCAACAUCGACGACCUGGACAACGACCACGAUGAUAAUCACGACGACAACAAGGACGACCACGGCCACGACCACGAUCCCAUUAACGACCCUUUCUCCCGCCGCCUAUCUGUCCAGCGCAUCAGCCCAGACAGGAGCUCCAGCCCGGAACUCAAAGAAGACCCCUCUUCCAAAAAGCGCCAGCUUGAACCCGACUACCCGCCCGAAGUCCUCCGCCAAAAAUCCUUCGCGGACCUCCAAUCCGAACCCUUCGACCAUAUCCCCAACUCCUCCUCCGCCGCCACCCCCGCAGAAACAAAAACCACGCCACCUCCAACAGCAUCCUCAACAACCCCGAGCAUCGCGCCUCCCGGACCCGACACGAAAGCCGAGGAGAAGAUGUCGCACCUGUUGAGUCUCGCCGACAAGGACCGCCGGGCGUUCUUCUCCGGUCUGACGAUGGACGCAUGGGAGGACUACGGCGACCUCCUCAUCGACCAGUUCUCCGCGACGUUGACGAAGAUGAAGGAUCUGCGGCGCGCGCGCCGACGGACCGCCGCCGUCUUCGAGGCGGAGAUCCGGAGACGGCACGAACUGGUCGAGGAGCAAUCCGCCGAGUUGUCCCGGAAGCUCAAGGAUAUGAAAAGUGGUGGGGCGGAGGUUCUUCGGGGGCGGACCCCUACUCAGUGAGAGUUGCCGAAAAGGUAGGGAAGGGUGUGAGUGUGCUUCUUUCAUGUUUAUGUGAGGUCGGAAGAGGAAGAGGAGGCUCAAGUUUGCAUUUUGCAGCAGGCUUUUAGUCUUAUUGUUUGAUUCCCUGGAUGGGCAGAUGGGAAUACCAACUCUAAUAUGUGCUGCGAUGGGGUUUAUGGCGGUUUUUCGUGUUUCUUCCUCUUUCUUAACACUACACAAAUAUC